AUGAUUGCUGGUGGUGCAGCUGCCCGUCCGUUUGUCACUUAUCAUAAUGAUCUUAACAUGAAGCUUUUCAUGCGGAUUGCACCCGAACUCUAUCCCAAGCAGCUAGUUGUUGGUGGACUGGACCGUGUAUAUGAGAUUGGAAAGCAAUUCAGAAAUGAGGGUAUUGAUUUGACACAUAAUCCUGAGUUCACCACAUGUGAACUUUACAUGGCCUAUGCUGAUUACAAUGACUUGAUGACGAUGCAUGACCGAGGAAAUGUUGAGUGGGAUGGUCAAGGAAAUUACCGGAGGGUACAAACUCGUUUGUUGGACAAGCUUGUGGGCCACUUUUUAGAGGAGACGUGUGUAAAUCCAGCUUUCAUAAUCAACCAUCCUGAGAUAAUGAGUCCGUUAGCCAAGUGGCAUAGAUCAAAGCCUGGCCUGACUGAACGGUUGGAGUUGUUUAUCAAUAAACAUGAAGUUUGCAAUGCAUACACUGAAUUGAAUGAUCCUGUAGUACAACGCCAACGGUUUGCUGGUCAGCUCAAGGAUCGACAGUCGGGUGAUGAUGAAGCAAUGGCUCUGGAUGAAACAUUUUGUACUGCUCUCGAGUAUGGGUUACCUCCUACUGGUGGCUGGGGUUUGGGUGUUGACCGCCUAUGUAUGUUGUUAACUGACUCACAGAAUAUUAAAGAAGUGCUUCUCUUCCCAGCCAUGAAACCACAAGAUGAUCAACCUCCUGCAAAACCAACAACUGCAGGUGCUUAG